AUGAGCAUAAUAAAUUAUAUAUAUUUUUUGUCUAUUUUGUUUUUACAAAUAACCAGUACAUAUGGUAUUUCAACGAAUGAAGUACUUCGAGACAAAAAAUUGGAAUUUAUAGAUUAUGCCAAAUUUAUAAUUGAUGAAUCAAAUUUAGUUGAUAAAAAUGAAAAAUUAUUGGGUAGUUCUUUAAGGACGUAUAAAUAUUAUUUGGUAAAAAGUGCAACUGAAAUUAGAGCUAUUUUUAUUUAUGAUGAUUUUAAUGUAGAAAAAGCUGAUAUGUUGGAUAUGAAUAUUGAAAACCAUAAAUUAGAUAUUAUAAAUUUAGAAAAUAUUAUGAACUUUUUAUAUCCAUUAGACGAAACAAGUAUAUUUAGUGAAGAUUUAUAUAAAGAAAGGAAAAUGUAUUCACUAGAAACAGAUUAUUCAGCUACAACAUAUGUACUUAUAAAAUUUGUAUUUAAUGUAAAUAUUGAAAAGGAAGAUGAUGAGUAUGUAUUAUCUCUUUUGAUAGGUAAUGAAUUAAAUAUGAAAAAUAAAAAUUUGGAAAUUGUAAAAAACGAUAACGAUAAAUUACCACAGCUCAAAGACCAAAGAAAGGAUUUACAAAAUAAUGAUACCAAUUUUAAUAUAUUAAAUAGAAAUAAAUUGCAUCCACAAGUUUUUACCCAAUUUAUUGGAGCAAUAAUAGGUAUAGUAAGUAUGAUAACAUCUAUUUCAGGUGCUAUUUCUGCAGUGUCACCUAUGUUUUCAGGUUCCGACACUCCAUCACCUCCAACAUUUUUAGGGGAUGAAAAUUCAUCUCUACCUACAUAUUCAGAAAGAAUCCAUAAUUCCACUCCUUCAAAAAAUACUUAUAAUAAUACAAGGGAUGAAUUUUAUGACGAAUACGAAGAUGAGUAUGACGAUGAUUACUAUAAUGACUAUGACAAUGGUUAUGAUGGAGAAGAUGAUUAUUAUUAUUAUGACGAAUAA